AGUUACCCAUCACUCCACUGAAACGUAUGACCUGUCUCUGGCCUUGGCGUGCAUUGCGGUGCUGCAUUUUCUGUAACUAGCUUUCUGUCCGACCUGUGGGCAGGUGAAGCGGGCGCUGUUAAGGCGGAGCGGAGCCAAAAUGCUAACAAGUAGGGCUGUUUGUCGCAAGCUAGCACCUCUCAUUAGAACCUCUUCAACAGUGUGCCGGCAGAAUGUGAGAAGAGCGGGGUUGAACAAUGCCAGAAUACCUGCAUGUGUGCCUGCAGCGCAUAUGUCCACUGGCCCGCUGGGGGGAGGUGGAGACAACCUGAAGUACGCCCUGCUGGUCGGAGCAGCCUUUGUUGGUGGUAUAACUUAUGCAGUAAUAACCCUGAAGGGAGACCAACGGAGAUAUGAGACGCGUUUGUCAGAAAUAUCAACGAGACGGCAACGGUCAGCCACACCGGUCCAGACAGAGCCUCCAGCUGUUGAAGCCACGACGACAGAGGCCGUCUCUGAGCCGAAGCUCGAAGCUGCGCCUUCACCGGAGGAGCCGAGACCCCCACCCGAGGUCGCCGCAGCUCCCAGUGAAACAUCACCACAACCUCCAGCAGCAGACUCCACGCCCGCUCCACCCCAGCUGCCCUCACACGCCCCCUACCUCCUCAUAGGUGGAGGCACCGCCUCGUUCGCCGCUGCCCGGUCCAUUCGAGCCAGGGAUCCUGGUGCCAAGGUACUGAUAGUGACCGAUGAGCCAGACCUUCCGUACAUGAGGCCGCCUCUUUCUAAAGAGCUGUGGUUCUCCGAUGACCCCAGUGUGACCGAGACGCUGCGUUUCAAGCAGUGGAACGGCAAAGAAAGAAGCAUCUACUUCCAGCCGCCAUCUUUUUACAUCGAUCCAGAACAUUUGACCGGUGCAGAGAAUGGAGGCGUGGCGGUUCUCGUUAACAAAAAGGUGGUGCACAUGGACGUGAGAGGAAACAAGGUCAAACUGGACGAUGGCACUGAAAUUUCAUAUGAAAAGUGUUUGAUUGCCACGGGUGGCGUCCCAAGAAAUCUGCAGGUGAUCGAAAGAGCCGGAGAGGAGGUGAUGAAGAGGACCUCUUUGUUCCGCAAGAUUGAAGACUUCAAAUCACUGGAAAACGUCUCAAGGAAAGCUGAGUCCAUCACAAUAAUUGGGGGUGGUUUCCUGGGCAGCGAGCUGGCCUGCGCCCUGGGCAGGAAAGCUGCUGAGUCUGGAUUGGAGGUCGUACAGAUGUUCCCUGAGAAGGGCAACAUGGGAAAGGUGCUGCCUGAGUAUCUGAGCAACUGGACAACAGAGAAAGUCAAAAAAGAGGGAGUAAAAGUCAUCACAGAAGCUCUGGUGAAAUCUGUGUCUUACAGAGACGAUAAGUUAGAAAUCCAGCUGAAGGACGGUCGACUGGUAAAAACGGAUCACAUCGUUGCAGCUGUUGGGCUGGAGCCAAACGUAGACCUGGCUAAGUCGGCAGGGCUGGAGGUGGACUCUGACUUUGGUGGCUAUCGAGUCAAUGCAGAGCUUCAAGCUAGGUCCAACAUCUGGGUGGCUGGAGAUGCUGCUUGUUUCUAUGACAUCAGAUUGGGACGCAGAAGAGUUGAACACCACGAUCACGCCGUAGUCAGUGGGAGGCUGGCUGGGGAGAACAUGACUGGAGCCAGCAAACCGUACUGGCAUCAGUCUAUGUUCUGGAGCGAUCUGGGACCUGAUGUUGGCUACGAGGCCAUCGGGAUCGUUGACAGCAGCCUGCCAACAGUAGGAGUGUUCGCCAAAGCUACGGCCAAGGACACACCUAAAGCUGCAACUGAGAAGUCAGGGACGGGGAUCCGCUCAGAGAGUGAGACAGAGGACACGGCCGCCAGCCCAGUGGCCUCUGCAGCACCCGCUCCAGCUGUGGAGAACAAGGACGAAUACGGAAAAGGAGUCAUCUUCUACCUGAGGGACAAGGUGGUGGUGGGCAUCAUCCUGUGGAACGUUUUCAACAGGAUGCCCAUCGCUAGGAAGAUCAUCAAAGACGGAGAGGAACAUGCAGAUCUGAACGAAGUGGCCAAGCUGUUCAACAUCCACGAGGACUGAGUCGAUCACCCUAACCUGAACUCUGGCAGCGACUGCCUUCUUGAUUUAAACAUGGAAACCAAACAAGAGGAUCAAUGUAAAUUAAACUAUGUUGAUAUUUUCA